AAUCCAACAAACAUAAAUACACGCUUCUUGGAUUGGAUUCUUUAAAAGCGAUACUUGACGUUAGGGGUUUUCUCUCUUUCUCUUUCUCUUUCUCUCUCUCGCACAAAAGAGUAACUAGGGUUUUACACCACCCCCUUCGUUUUUCCUCAAUCGUACCAAUCAUGAGUUCCAGUCGUCAUCCAGAGGUCAAAUGGGCACAGAGAGAAGACAAGGUCUAUAUCACUGUCCAAUUGCCUGAUUCCAAAGAUGCUAAAGUAGAUCUUACCCCAGAUGGUGUUUUUACCUUCACUGCUAGUGCUGGUGCUGGAGACAAACCAUAUGAGGUCAAGCUUGAGCUUUUUGACAAGGUCAAUGUAGAGGAGAGCAAAAUUAAUAUUGGGGUGCGAAGCAUAUUCUCUGUGGUGCAGAAGGCAGAGAGUGGAUGGUGGAAAAGGUUGUUGCGUGGAGAAGGCAAGCCUCCACAUUAUGUGAAAGUGGAUUGGGAUAAAUGGGUGGAUGAGGAUGAAGAAGAUGUUGUUGCUGAACCUGAUAUGGGAGGGAUGGACUUCUCGAAAUUUGGUGGAAUGGGUAUGGGCGGUGAUGGAGGACUUGGAGGUCUUGGAGGACUUGGAGGGAUGGGUGGAAUGGGAGGGAUGGGUGGAAUGGGAGGAUUGGGAGGAAUGGAAGGAUUGGGAGGAAUGGAUUUCUCUAAAUUUGGUGGGAUGGGUGAUGAUGCAAUGGACGAUUUUGAGGGAAGUGACGAUGAAGAGCAAGAAGUGUCAAAGCCGGGAGAAGCGUCUAAGCCAGCAGAACAAGAGGCUGUCAAGAGCGCCAGUGAAGCAACAACUGAGAAAGCCGAAGCUGCCCCGAGCACAUAAUUCCCUAGCUGUUCAAGAGGCCAUCCUUGAAGCUGCUCCGAGCACAUAAUGCCCUAGCAGCUCAAGAUAUCAUCCUUGAAAAUGCUUAUAAAGUGUGCCGCGAAUAUUUUUCUUCUAUAUGCCAUUGACUGGUAGUUGUUUUCUUCUAUAUGCCAUUGACUGGUAGUUGUUUAAGCGGAGACUAUCAUGUUCUCGUGUUGGUUUAACAUUUAGCAUGUAUUAUUCACCCGAAAUAGUAACUAUGCUUGCAUUAGGAUAUUUUAUAAUUGAGAUUUUCGUUUUCAUGCGUGAA